CCAUUGCGAUUAAUAAGUUGCUGCAGCAGCAGCAGCACUUCCGCUCCGCGAGAGGGGAGAGACACGAGUCCACACGGCGGAGCCGCACACACAAAGAGAGGUCUAUUUAUUUUUUCUUUUUUUUUUUUUUGGUGGUCGGUAUGUCGGAUGACGAUUCGAGGGCCAGCACCAGCAGCUCCUCAUCUUCAUCAUCCAAUCAGCCACAGAAGGAGAAAGAAACUGCCACCAAGAAGAAAGAAAGUAAAGCCAGUAUGAGCAAAACAUCCAAGCUGCUGUCCACCAGCGCUAAAAGAAUUCAAAAGGAGUUGGCAGAUAUUACACUGGACCCGCCACCCAACUGCAGUGCUGGCCCUAAAGGAGAUAACAUUUACGAAUGGAGGUCUACAAUCCUUGGUCCCCCUGGCUCAGUGUAUGAAGGAGGUGUCUUCUUUCUAGACAUUAUGUUUACACCAGACUACCCUUUCAAACCACCCAAGGUGACUUUCCGGACUCGCAUCUAUCACUGUAAUAUUAACAGUCAGGGUGUUAUCUGCCUGGACAUCCUAAAGGACAACUGGAGUCCAGCACUGACCAUCUCCAAGGUCCUCCUUUCAAUCUGCUCUCUCCUUACAGACUGUAAUCCUGCUGACCCUCUUGUCGGAAGCAUUGCUACACAAUACAUGACCAACAGAGCAGAGCAUGACAGAAUAGCCAGACAGUGGACCAAGAGAUAUGCCACAUAAUUUAAAUCUCUUCAUGUACUACUUGUUAAUGGUGCAAAGAGCUGAGUAUGGAUAGGUUGGGGAGGGUCUAGGUCUGGGAGGGAGGGAGGGAGGGAGGGAGGGAGGGAAUGGGUGGGUGUUUGAUGGACUGAGUGAGCAAUUCUGCUACAGAUUUUAUUCAGUCUUUAUUUCCUGAGAUUUUUUUUUUGUUUUGUUUUUUUUUUGUUUUGUUUUUGGUUUUUGUUUGGCUGUUGUAUGUUAAGGUACAAUUAGAUCUAUGAAAUGGCAAUAAACAUCUCUAAGUAAAAUUGUUAGAAAAAUGUUUUUUUGUUUUGCAAUAUUAGCUAAUUUGUGCUAUAAAGUAAAUAAAAUAUUUUACAGUUUGACUGCUUGUAAAACCUAAAACAGCAUGUUUACCCUCACUAAGUGAACAGUUUUCAGUGUGAUAUAAUAAAGUCUCUUGACAAUAAAUCUUUGCAAUGUUUUAAAUUAA